AUGGAGUUUACCACCUUAAAGCAAGGGAAUAAAACUGUAGUGGAGUACGAUCGACUAUUCUGCGAUCUGGCCCGAUAUGCACCGUAUAGAGUGGAUACGGAUGAGAAGAUGUCCGAGUUGUUUUGCGCUGGACUGCGACAAGAGAUAAGAGUUGUAUUGGCAAGUCAAACGGCACUUUCCUACGCCGAGGCCUUGAACAGAGCUCUAGAUAUGGAGCUAGCAAUGCAACCAGAGAAAACAACACACACACCAACGCCUCCAUCAGCUCAAUAUACGCAAGUAUCAAACACUCCCUACUCUAACCAAGGACAGAAAGGAAAACGCAAAUGGGAAAAUCGUGGAAAUGAGGGUAAAAAGCCAUGGCAAGGUCAGAAUGUCCAGGCUCCAUUCGUGAAAGGCGAUAAAUUAUUUUAUGGUGGACCAGCGACCUCACACCCCGGACACCAAGGGAUACCCCCUUGUCCUAAGUGCAACAAGUUACACACAGGAGUGUGCAGAGCUGGAAACCCAAAUUGUUUCACUUGUGGGAAACCAGGGCAUUACUCGAGCCAGUGCCCCAACCGACAGCAAGGGAUGAGUGGAGGAAGACCCAAUCAGUUUCCAACCCCACAACUCAGAGCAAUGGAGGGAAUUCUUCCUCUACCUCAACCACUACAGCAACAACCUUUUCGCCGUCCAAACCAGCCUCAUAAGCAGCUACCUGCACCGCAAGCAGGAAUACCACCGCAAUAUCAAAGGAUGUAUGCUAUCAAUAAGAAGAAUCAGGAUAAGAACCAAGGAAACUUAACAGGUAUUGGGGAACUGAAAGGUGUACCCAUUGUUAUUCUCUUUGAUACUGGAGCAUCACAUUCUUUCAUCUCAUAUACUUGUGUGGAUACGUUAGAGCUGAAUGUAGAACCAGCCCAGCUACACUUAAGGGCUAAGACGUUGAGACUUCUGCGCAUGUGGACCACAGACAUCAUUUUGGGAAUGGACUGGUUAGCAGAACACCAUGCGGUGAUACAAUGCGAGCAGAGAUGGAUAUCAUUCCAGCCACCUGGCCUGGAACCUACAUGUUUUUAUGCCAUCAAUAGGAAAUGGAAGAAGACACCUAUCAUCUCUGCAGUGCAAGCGAACAAGAUACUAAAAGAAAAGGGCGCGACAGCAUAUUUAGUAUACUUGAGCCAAGAAGAGGAAGCACAAAUAAAGAUUGAAGAUGUACCUAUAGUGCGGGAGUAUCAAGACGUUUUCCCUGAUAUUCUACCAGGUCUACCCCCGAACCGACAAUUGGAAUUCACAAUCGACUUGGAACCUGGAGCAGCACCAAUAUCCAAAGCACCAUAUAGGAUGAAAGACGGAAGUUUAAGAUUGUGUAUCGAUUACCGGGAAUUAAACAAGGUGACCCUAAAGAAUAAGUAUCCUUUGCCACGUAUAGACGAUUUGUUUGAUCAACUUCGAGGAGCACGCGCUUUCUCAAAGAUAGAUUUAAGGACAGGGUAUCACCAAUUGAGGAUACGACCUGAGGAUAUUCCAAAGACAGCAUUCCGCACGAGAUACGGACACUAUGAGUUCAUAGUGAUGCCUUUUGGAUUAACAAAUGCCCCCGCCGUAUUCAUGGAUCUCAUGAAUCGAGUGUUUCACGAAUAUUUGGAUCAAUUCGUGUUGGUAUUCAUAGACGACAUCUUGAUUUACUCGAAGAAUGAGAAGGAUCAUGAAGAGCACCUUAGAACUGUGCUAGAGAAGCUAAGAGCUGAAAAGCUUUAUGCUAAGUAUAGCAAAUGUGAGUUUUGGCUACGAGAAGUCAAUUUCUUAGGCCACAUCAUUUCAGCUGCAGGAAUCAAAGUGGACCCUGCCAAGGUUCAAGCAGUGCAAGAAUGGAGAUCACCAACGACACCUCACGAGAUUCGUAGCUUCCUAGGAUUAGCAGGCUACUACCGUCGUUUUAUACAAGAUUUCUCCAAAAUAGCCAAGCCUAUAACUCAUCUGCUUAAGAAAGAAGUCAAAUUCUUGUGGACAGACGAAUGCGAACAAAGCUUUCAAGAAUUGAAGAAGAGGUUGACCACCGCCCCAGUACUAGCCGUUCCAGAAGCAAACAAGGAAUACACUAUCUAUACGGACGCAUCAAAGAAAGGACUAGGUUGUUACAAACAUUGCAAGGUGUGGAAAGGAAAAUUUGGGAAUUACAGUAUAUCGGAUAAGAACAGUAUUCACAACGCAAUGGAGACAAGUGCAAAGCUUAGUUUUGAAUCUGGUGUGGAGGCUACGAAUUCCAGCGUUGACUUCAUGUUGCUUGGAAAGUGA